UAUCCCCGCCCCAAUACGGAAGCGGUGGUGUACUAGGGACCCGAUAGCCGGUGGGGUCCAGGCCAUGGGGCAGCCCUGGGCGGCGGGGAGCGCGGAGGGGGCGCCCGCGCGGCUGCCCCUCGUGCUCACUGCGCUGUGGGCCACGGCUGUGGGCUUGGAGCUGGCCUAUGUGCUAGUUCUGGGUCCCGGGCCACCCCCGCUGGGACCCCUGGCUCGGGCCUUGCAGCUAGUGCUGGCCGCCUUCCAGCUGCUCAACCUGCUGGGCAACGUGGGGCUCUUCCUGCGCUCCGAUCCCAGCAUCCGGGGCGUGAUGCUGGCCGGCCGCGGUCUGGGCCAGGGCUGGGCUUACUGCUACCAGUGCCAAAGCCAGGUGCCACCACGCAGUGGGCAUUGCUCCGCCUGCCGCGUCUGCAUCCUUCGUCGGGAUCACCACUGUCGCCUGCUGGGCCGCUGCGUGGGAUUCCGCAACUACCGGCCCUUCCUGUGCCUGUUGCUUCAUGCUGCGGGCGUCCUGCUCCAUGUCUCUGUGCUGCUGGGUCCCGCCCUGUCGGCCCUCCUGCGAGCCCAUGCACCCCUCCACAUCGCGGCCCUCCUCCUGCUGCCCUGGCUCAUGCUGCUCACAGGCAGAGUGUCUCUGGCGCAGUUUGCCUUGGCCUUUGUGACCGACACGUGUGUGGCAGGUGCACUGUUGUGCGGGGCUGGGCUGCUCUUCCAUGGGAUGCUGUUGCUGCGGGGCCAGACCACGUGGGAGUGGGCUCGGGGCCAGCACUCUUAUGAUCUGGGCCCUUGCCACAACCUGCAGGCAGCCCUGGGGCCCCGCUGGGUCCUUGUCUGGCUCUGGCCCUUCCUGGCCUCCCCCUUGCCCGGAGACGGGAUCACCUUCCAGACUGCAGCUGAUGUGGGCCUCACAGCCUCCUGACUCCAGGAAGAGCCAGAGCUGUUCGGGGAGAGGGGAGCAGGAGAGGGGGCUCCUAACUCAUCUCAGGCCCAUCCCUAACCUCAGGAGGGGAGGUGCACUGGUACUUAAUGCCUUUCGGCAACUCCAGUCCCAUCCUUGGCCUUGCCCCUGCCCAGCUUGGACUCCAGUGUCCAGGGCUUGGGCCCUGCAGCUCUGCCUCAUUGGCCCUCUAGCAGAGUGGCAGGCUUGGCAAGGGGCUGCUUGGCCAGCCUAACCACCCCUUUGCCAAGUUAAUAAAGCGCCCACUUGGUUCUUGGA